GUCCUGAAGUUCGAAUGCUUCGUGUCGGGUACAUAAGCAACGCGGGGCCUAUCCAGAAAUGAGCUUCCGUCACUACAAACAGCUUCACUCCUUCUCUGUAUAACUCCAUCAACUACAUACUUCAAUCGAUACGACCCCGCAAAUACCUCUCCAAUACCUCAAGAUGUCUCUCAAGCCAAUCAUCCUGCACGGCCACCAGGGCGGGCCCAACCCCUGGAAGGUAGCCAUGGUCCUGGAAGAGCUGGAAAUCCCGUUCGAGCACGUCUACGUACCAUUCGACCAGAUCAAGAAGGAGCCCUUCAUCUCUCUCAACCCCAACGGCCGCAUCCCCGCCAUCGAAGAUCCCAACACCGGCAUCACGCUCUGGGAGUCCGGCGCCAUCAUCGAAUAUCUCAUUGAGACCUACGACAAAGAAAACAAGAUCAGCCCCAAGGCCGGCACCCCGGCCUCCUUCCACGCCAAGCAGUGGCUCCAUUUCCAGAUGUCGGGCCAAGGGCCUUACUUCGGCCAAUACGUCUGGUUCACUCGCUACCACCCGGAGAAGAUCCCCAGCGCGCAAGAGAGAUACCUGAACGAGAUCCGCCGCGUCACCGGUGUGCUCGACAAGGUACUGCAGGACCGCGAGUAUCUGGUCGAUGGUAAGUACAGCUAUGCGGACACCGCCUUUGUGCAAUGGUACCAGAGCAUUCCGUUCGCGACGGGCGAUGUCAUCGACCUCGAAAAGGACUUCCCCAAUGUUCACGCUUGGCUGCAGAGACUCCAGGCGAGACCCGCCAUUGCGAAGUGUCUCAAGGCGUACAGGGAGGCAAUCGCUGCUCUGUAG